AUGUCCACUGCCAGUAUCAAGGAUCAUGCGGAUACCUUGCUGAAUCUGGUGGAUCUGGAGCGGAAGGAGCAGAGGGCUGCGAGGGCCCCCAAGAUAAUCUGGGUUUGUCACAGCCUGGGAGGCCUGGUCGUUAAACAAGCACUGCUUAAUGCUCACGAAAAUCGGAAGUACACUCAUAUUCGCACCGACACCUGUGGCAUUGUCUUCUUUGGCACCCCCCAUCGAGGCGCCAAGGGCGUUGAGCUGGGAAGAAUCGCUGCUAACGUUGCGAAAUUCGUCUCCAAAGGCCACGCCAAGAAUGACUUGCUCAAGUGCCUAGAGGAGAAUUCUCUCUUUACUAGGGACAUGUCUCGCCAUUUCAAGCAACAACUUGAAGACUAUCAGAUCGUUAGCUUUGUUGAGGGCAAAGAAGUGUUUCUAGGGGGCAGUGGGCCGGCGUCAGUGAGCCAUCUUGUUGUGGAUGAAGAGUCCGCCAUUCUUGGCCUACCGGGACAACGCGAAACAACUCUGAAGCUAGACGCGGACCAUUCGCAGAUGUGCAAAGUUAGCGGUCGAGGAGCGAUGUACAGGCUGAUUUCAGGGAACAUCAGAGAUAUUGCAGACCAGGUCCUGGAAGCUGAGCGAGGAUUUGUCCCACAACCACCUAACUCACCAAAGCCUGGCCCUCCGCUCCCACCUCGAAUGCAUUUUAAUAGUAGUACGCCAUACGCAGGCCCCCCUCGAACCCCAAACCCAAAUGAGGCCCAAGUUAUCGGGACCAUUUACCAACCGGCCGAUAGAGAUCCACGGUCGAUUCAAGUAGCGAAGUAUAUGAAUGAGUGGAAAUGGGACGACGCUAGACGUAUGCAGUAUUCAAUCUUUCAAGAGCACCUCCGAACUCUAGGACAGGAUCACCACAGCACUUUGCUAGCGGGCUAUUAUCUGGCGAGUAUCGAGCUCGAGGCCGGGUGCCUUGCCAAAGGAAAGGAAUGGGCAGAUUGGGUGUGCAACAAUUCUCAGCGGGUGCUCGGCAGGCGACACGAACUUGCAAUGAAGUCGGAGAGCAUAGCGGGCGAAUUCUUGUUCCGCCUGGGUAAGGCUCAAGAAGGCGAGUCCAUCUGUUCUAACGUGCUGGCGCGGCAACAAAUGCAGAUUGGCGACGACCAUCUGGAUACUAUUGAGACUCGGCGGCGCGUCGCAUUGGCUUACGCAUACCUCGGUCAGCGCACAGAAGCAAUUCAGGCGAUAACCAAGUACAGCGAGAGCGUCAAACGUCUUCUUGGGGCGAAUCACAUCUUAUACUUCGCAAGUGUGCUGGACACAGCAGAACAAGCUUUCUACCAGCGCAUGGCUAACACUGAGGACCACUUUCUCCGACGGUACACCGGCUCCGACCCACAAGGAGAAGCGAUCGAAGCCAUUGUACGGGAAUUGAGCAGCCGGCUUGGUCGGCAUCACCCCCUUACUAUUCGCGGCCUGUGGAUCAGCGGAGCGAUGCAGGCGCUUGACGCAAAUGGCAGCUCCACCUCGUCGGAGACGCUUCGGCGCGCCCUCGCCACCGCAGAAGAGUAUCUCGGCCCUGAGCACUCUGAGACAAUGAACAUUGUCGGCGCUAUGGGCAUAAUGUUCGCCAUGCGCGGAUCGAGUAACAGCUACGGAUACAACCCGUAUUUACCGGACUAUGGCGCCAACCUCACAGCAGCCUCGCCAUGGCUACAACGAUAUCUAAGCUGGGCCGAGAGAAAUCAUGGUCUCGGAUCUCCUGACGUGCAAACGGUGUUGAGCCUCCUCGCGAAAAUGCACUACUCACAGCAGCAAUAUCAACAAGCGGAACCUUAUUUUGAACGACUAUUUGCAUCGUAUCGCGCUGCUGAGAUGCCUGUGCCUGAGGAAAUGCAGACUAUCUACCAAAUCUGCCGUAUGAACAACCCAAGACUCCUGUUGCAGGGGAUCGGUGGCGGUAGUGGUGCGGGAACGGACUUUGCGAAGAUUUUGUCCUCUUUUCGACGGUUGUAG